UUUAAAAGGAGCUUCAUCUUGCUAGUGUAGUUUCUCAUCACUUGUGAUCAAGAUCUCUAACAAGUACAGAGAGGACUGUUCUCUGGAUAAAAUGAGAAUACAAGUCAUCUUUGGAAUCCUGCUGAUUUUCACACAAGCUGCCAUGGGUUUGCUGUUUCAGGAUCCUGUUGUCUGUCGAUUUAAUGAGAGAAGUCAGUGUUAUGUAGCUCUGGGACAACGACUGCACCUGAAAAUGCCCCUGGAGGAUACGUUUAAUCUAAAGAUCACAGACAAGACAUCUACCACUCGUACCAUUUUAAAAUAUAGAAAAACCCAAAGUAAUCCACCAAAACCAAAUGACCCAAGAUGGCAGUUUGUUAAAGAUGAUAAAACUAUGAUACUAACCAGUGCAGAGAGGAGCGACUCUGGAACAUACACUUUAGAUACUUAUGAUGCAAAUGGGAAUAACAAAGACAUUUAUACUCUCCAGCUGAACAUUGAAGCUGAGGUGUCCUCAGUGAAAAUGUGGUACAGCUGCUUGUCCCCUGGAGUCAUGAAAGUGUACUGUUCUGCUGAUGGAGACAACCUCCGUUUCAACUGGAGUUCUGAUUUAAACACAUGCCUUCAACUGGAGAACGGGACCAGCACUGUUGUACUGAAUAAAAACCAUCAUUUAAAUGUGACCUGCCAUGUAGAAAAUCAUGUCAGCUGUGACCACAAUACCACUGAACUUCACCCAUGUCCUGGUGAGUCUUUCUCACUCUUCUUGGCAAAAACAGGCAAAUAUCUAAAAAAAAAAAAAUGACUACAUAUGAAUGUCUGAAUAAAAGUUAAGCUCAGUUCCUAAACACAUAAGAAAUAGCUAGAGGUAGAAAUUGUAGCAGCGUCAACAUGAUGUGUGAAUUCUGGUGCUGUUAGUUCCUAGUUCAUAUUUGGCCUCAACUGGAGUUCAGUGGUUCUACUUGCACAGUUAAUAUUAUUGGUUGUAAAAGCCUGUGAUAUUUUUUCAAUUCAAUUAGGGGGUCAAAUACUUAUUUCCCUCAU